CUUCCCUCCAACCUAAACACAAAGUAAUGCAAAGGCACAACCUUGGAGCUCUGCAGCCCGCCCCGGCCUGCGCGGCGUGCAAGCACCAAAGGAAGAAAUGUCACGAAACCUGCCCGUUGGCACCGUACUUCCCGGCCGAUCAAAACCGGGAAUUCCAAGCCGUUCACAAGGUGUUUGGAGUGAGCAAUGUGACCAAAAUGGUGAAGAAUGUGAGAGAAGAGGAUAGGAGAAAGGCAGUGGAGUCUCUAGUUUGGGAGGCUGUUUGUAGGCAAAAUGAUCCGGUUUUAGGGCCGUUUGGAGAGUACAAAAGGGUGUUGGAAGAGCUUAAAGUUUGUAAAAUGGGUCAAAACCAAAGCCAAAGCUCAAACCCAUUUGUGGGGCAAGUGGGUUUGCCUUGUUUUGGUGGGUCCAUUAGUAACAAUGGGAAUGGGAUUAUGGGACUAAUUAAUGGAGGGGUUAAUGGAAGCCAUUUGUUUAAUUACCUUCAUGAUAAUCUAAGUGCCAUUAUUGAUUCAAGUCCUUAUACUAAUUCUUCCACUUAUAAUUUGCAAAGCCCUGAGAAAUUGAUGAGAUUGCACCAAGAUCAUAAAGAGAUUAGUUCAACCAUCGUCGUGCCGUUUCAGCCGCCGCCGCCGCAGCAGCAACAGCAGCAUCAGCAGCAUUCCAAUUUCCACCAUUGUUUUUAGCCAACUUUCUCUUUGUUGUUGGUUAUAUUAAAACCAUGAAACUGUUGCCUUUUAUUCAUGAAUUCUCAAGUGAUCUUCAAACUUGGUACUUAAUUUAUG